ACCCGCGCGAAGCCGGGCUCCACUUCCGCCGGUGGUCCCGCUGCUCCGCUUUCCCGCUCUGGUCAUGGAGCAGCGCCGCGUCACCGACUUCUUCGCGCGCCGCCGUCCCGGGCUCCGCGGCGCGCCGCCGCGGGCCAAGCCGUCCUUGCGCACUCCGAGCCCCGCCAAGCCCGCGCCCAGCGCUCCGGGCCCCGGCGGCAGCCGCAAGCGCGCCCGCCCGGCCGCCGAGCCCACGCGCGACGAGCCCGCGCCGCCUGCGCGCCGGAGGCUGCGGCUGCCGGCCGACACGGGCUCUGGCCCCAGUUCCCCCGCUGCCCCUGGCUCGCCCGAGCACUCUUCUCCCAGCAAGAGGACAAAGAAGGCCACCCUCUCAGAAGGUCAGCUGCCCUGCAGGGCAGCUCAGCAGGACAAGGUCCCCUUGAAGGUCACUCUCUCUGAGCUCAAGUCCCGUCUGCAGCGGGCACAGGAAGUGGGGGCACAGGUCCAGGAGCUGAGGGAAAGUGCCCAGAGGAAGGAUGCUGGGGACCCCAGAGUCCCGGAGGAGGAGGGGCGCCCAGCAGAGCCGGGUGGGGAGAAGAUGCCCGCCUACCAGCGCUUCCACGCCCUGGCCCAGCCGGGGCCCCCGGGCCUCGUGCUACCCUACAAGUACCAAGUGCUGGCCGAGAUGUUCCGCAGCCUGGACACCAUCGUGGGCAUGCUCCACAACCGCUCCGAGACCGUGACCUUCGCCAAGGUCAAGCAGGGUGUCCAGGACAUGAUGCGCAAGCGCUUUGAAGAGCACAACCUGGGCCAGAUCAAGACCGUGUACCCUGCCUCCUACCGCUUCCGCCAGGAGCGCUUCAUCCCCACCUUCAAGGACGGCAUCAGGAGGUCCGAUUACCAGCUCACCAUCGAGCCGCUGCUGGACCAGCCAGCUGGCAGUGCAGCCCCCCAGCUCACGGCGUCGUGCCUGCUGCAGCGGCGUCAGGUCUUCAGCCAGAACCUGGUGGCCCGCGUCCGGGAGCACCACAGGGCCUUCUUGGCUUCCCUGAACCCCCCCAUGGAGGUGCCUGAGGACCAGCUCAUGCGCUGGCACCCCCGCUUCAAUGUGGAUGAAGUGCCUGACAUCGAGCCGGCCGAGCUGCCCCAGCCGCCCACCGUGGAGAAGCUGGCCACUGCCCAGGAGGUGCUGGCCCGCGCCCGCAGCCUGAUGUCACCCAGGAUGGAGAAGGCCCUGAGUGACCUGGCCCUACGCACAGCUGAGCCUAGCAGCCCCGGGUGCCCGAGCCUGGCACUGCCAGCCACCCCGCCAGCCACCCCACCUGCCGCCCUGAAGGGGGUGUCCCAGGCCCUGCUGGAGCGGAUCCGGGCCAAGGAGGCGCAGAAGCAGCUGGCACAGAUGACGCGGCAGCCAGAACAGGAGCAGAGGCUGCAGCGGCUGCAGCGGCUGCCUGAGCUGGCCCGCGUGCUGCGCGGCGUCUUCGUGGCAGAGCGCAGGCCGGCACUCACCAUGGAGGUGGCCUGUGCCAGGAUGGUGGGCAGCUACCAUGCAGCCAUGAGCCCUGGGGAGAUGGAGAAGCACGUGCAGCUCCUCUCGGAGCUGCUGCCCGACUGGCUCAGCCUCCACCGCAUCCGCACCGACACCUACGUCAAGCUGGACAAGGCUGCCGACCUGGCAAGUGUCACGGCGCGGCUGGCCAGCCUGGCCCAUGCCGAGGCGGCACUGUGAGCCUGGCAGAGGCGUGCCAGCACCGCCGGGCCCUCUGCGAACACAAUGCACUUUGCACUCUGUCCUGAGUCCCCACGAGCGUCUGGCUGGCCUGGGUUCUGGCCGCUGCGGCAGACACCACCACUGCCGCCAUACAGAUGCAGGGGGGCAGGGGACAGAGUGGUUGGAAGAAGCCCUUGCAGAUGCUCACGUGGGAUCUCAAGACAGCGUCUCACAGGUCCUCGCAAGAGGGAGGCAGACGUGGGAUCUGAGAUUGGAAGAGGAAGCCAGGGCCACCAGUGUGUAGGUGGCCUUGAGAAGCCAGGCAAGGGAACCAGCCCUGUCCCCUCACACUGGGCUCUAGAACUGAGAUAAAGUUGUUCAAAGUCA